AAAGCAUCGACCUUUCACAAGAAUUAGUUCAGCAGAAACCCUAUUUCCCAGAAAUCCAAACAACCCACUUCCAUUCUUCAAGAUUUCGUCUUUGUCUUCUCCAAUGGCGACUUCUUCGUCUUCUUCCUCCAACCAAGAUAGCCAACAAAAGGUCCAAUUCCCGUUGGACUCCGCCGCGUACGAAAACCUCCAAGAAAUCGGAUCUGGCGACAAGGUCGUCGUCUUCAAGGCCGUCUGCGUCCCCAUGAACUCUGCAAUCGUUGCAAUCAAGUCCGUCGACCUCAAUCAAUCCACGGCCGAUUUCGAGAGUAAGCUACGCGACACCAAGAAUCUGUCUCUUUCCCACCUCAACAUUCUCGGCGACAACUGCUCCUUCACCACCACCGACCUCACCACCGCCGAGCGCCGUCUUUGGGUGGUCAUGCCGUUUAUGACCUUCGGUUCUCUGCAAUCCGUAAUAAUCGCCCCCUCUGCUUUCCCGAAAGGAUUACCAGAGCCCUGCAUUGCAGUCGUCCUGAAAGAGACGCUAAACGCCAUGUCGUAUCUCCAUGGCCACGGAUGCUUCCACGGCGACAUCAAGCCUGGAAACAUCUUGGUUGACUCUGAUGGGUCCGUUAAGCUCGCACAUUUCGGGGUCUCUGCUUCUUUCUACGACGCUGAUUUUUCAACUGGGGCAAACGAUACUUCUGCAAGGCCGUACUGGGUGGCGCCCGGCGGAGGUGGGUGCAAGGCGGAUAUCUGGGCAUUUGGGAUCACGGCGCUGGAAUUGGCUCUGGGCGGCCCUCCCCUGUCUGGCUUGCCGCUGUUAUCAGGGAAUCAAAUUCUGAAGAUCAAGAACAGGUUUCGGCUUGCGGAUUAUGAAAACAUCAUCAAAGAUUUCCGGAACCAGAAAUACUCUGCGGCUUUCAAGGACUUGGUGGGUUCUUGCCUUGAUCGGGACCCGGAGAAGAGGCCGGCGGCAGAGGCGCUGCUGAAGCACCCGUUUUUCCAUGACUGCGGAGGCAAGGAUUAUCUGGUGGGGACUGUGCUUCCGCAUUUGGAGAGCGUCGAGGAGAGAUUCAAGAAAAGAAACAGGGGUUUGGGUGACUUGUUGGGCAAGGUAAACUAUGGAGAACUAAAGGGUGAGGAUAUGGGGUUUAGCGGAUGGAAUUUCAACGUGGACGACUUUGUUUUUAACCCGGCUUUUUUGGCUGGGCCGUCUUCUACUUCCAGCUCUAGGUUUUAUGGCAGCGGCAAAUUCCGGCUGUCAAGAUUUGUAAUGAGGUUGGCAAAGCAAUUACAGACUGUGAAGAUGACUAUUGGUCAGUUGAAUAAAGCAGUUGGGGUGAGGAUGCCGAAUAAUGUAGGGAAUUGGAUGCUGAUGAAUGCGCUGGACAAAGAGAAGGAAGAUCUUAUGCAGUUGCAGAUUAAUUUGAGGGAGUUUGUUUUGGACCCGAUUUAUCCGGCUGGGUGGUCUUCUCCUCCCAGCCCUCCAACUGAGUCUUCUGACGGCGGCAAAGCUGGGCUGGUGGUGUUGCUGGUGGAAUUACUGGUGGAAUUGCUGGGAAUUGCAAGAAAUUUGGAAAAGCAGAUGGAGAAGGUGAUGACAAUUAUUCGUCUGUUGGGAGGAGCAGGGGAGGUUGAGAAGCUGAAGAAGGAGUUGGCGUCCUGAGUUCACAACAUGUAA